AUGGAAGCUUACGAUGAAGAUUACAGAUCCCUGAAAAUUCGAGGGCGCGUGGAACGCAAUAGUGCACUGCUCGAAUUGACGCCGUACUUGGACGAAUCCGGAGUCAUACGGGUAAACGGUAGGCUAAACAACGCCACGGCUAUUUCUCCAUACACUCGGCGGCCAAUUAUACUUCCUAAGGAACAUCGCGUGACUGAUCUUAUCGUGGAAUUUCAUCAUUGUACCUGGCGCCACCAAAAUGAUGAGACGAUAAUCGCUGAGAUUCGACGGCGAUAUUGGAUUCCUAGCGUUAGGACAGCGGUUAAGCGAGUCUCUAGGAGAUGCUUGGUUUGUCGAAAGAAUCGCGCGAAGCCGGCGGUACCAAUGAUGGGGCAACUACCAGAGGAUCGGGUUACUCCAUUUGUGAGACCAUUCUCCUAUGUUGGAUUGGAUUAUAUGGGACCAUUCGUUGUAACAAUGGGUCGUCGUAGCGAGAAGCGUUGGAUCGCGCUAUUCACAUGCCUAACUACACGCGCUGUACACCUCGAGCUGGCCAAAGAUCUAUCAACCGAUACGUGCUUGAUGUCCAUACGUAACUUCAUGAACCGGCGAGGCACUCCGGUCCGCAUACGUUCAGACCACGGGAAAAAUUUCGUUGGAGCAGAUAGAGAAUUGAAACGACAAUUAUCCGACCUUUCCUCAGAGAAAUUAGCUGACGCGUUGUCCAAGGUAGGCGUAGAAUGGGUAUUCAACUGCCCUCUUAAUCCUCACGCAGGUGGUUGUUGGGAACGCCUAGUACGUAGCGUGAAGCGAGCGAUGGGAGAUGCGUUAUAUAACGAGAGCCUGCAGGAGCACAGUUUAUAUAGCCUUAUGUGUGAAGCCGAGAAUAUUGUAAAUUCGCGACCACUAACUCAUAUACCUCUUGAUGCUCCUACCGAUGAACCUCUUACUCCCAACCACUUUCUUAUAGGUACCGCAAAUUCUGACCAGACGCCCAAUCCAUUCCAAGAAAUGCUGCGUGCGACGCGGAAACAGUGGCGAAAAGUGCAACAGCUCCAACAUCGAUUUUGGAAGAAGUGGCUCGCGGAAUACCUUCCAGACUUGUGCCGCAAAACGAAGUGGUACCAACCGGUCGAAGCAUUGAAAGUUGACGAUGUAGUCCUGAUCUGCGAUGCUAGCGUGCACCGUUCCAAGUGGUCGACUGGAAGAGUGGUGAAGGUGUAUCCGGGCAAGGACUCCCAAGAGAGAGCAGCUGACGUGAAAACGAAGUUCGGAGUCUUCAAGCGACCGGCCUGCAUCCUGGCGAAGCUAGAUGUUGGUGAAUUUGAGCUGGGCUAG